AUGCCUCCCGGCGACGUUCCUUUGCCGGACAGCCUCGUGCCGGGCAACGGGGCUGUCCGCCCGACUUUGAACACGAGUGGUUACGGAGGAAGUUAUCAAAAGCAGACGCCUACAUCUCCCGCAGAUAGCAAUGUCCCAUUCGAUUCGCCCCGCGCCCUUUCAGCAGGAGGAAGAAAUGGCUCGGCGAACAGUCCUAUCGAUGGUGGCUAUAGCCCGGUCACCCCUGUGACGAGGGAUCCCACAACUCCUCAUGACCAGCUUGGAUACUGGGAUCGACCGGCGCCCCGUGAAAAUUCACGUUCGAAUGGCCGAUCGCAUACGAAAUCUCCCGGCAGCACGACUAGAAUCUGUAAAAAAUGCGGAGAUCCGCUGACCGGUCAGUUUGUACGGGCGCUCUCGGCUACAUACCACCUCGAAUGCUUCAAGUGUGAGGACUGUGGCCAAAUCGUGGCAUCGAAGUUCUUCCCCGUCGACGCGGAAGACGGAAGUGGACAAUAUCCCCUCUGUGAAACAGAUUACUUUCGCCGACUGGACCUUCUCUGUCAUGAGUGUGGUGGCGCUUUGCGCGGAUCGUACAUCACCGCAUUAGAGCGCAAGUAUCAUAUUGAACACUUCACCUGUUCGGUUUGUCCGACGGUCUUUGGUGCACAGGACUCCUAUUACGAACAUGAGGGUAGGGUUUACUGUCAUUUCCAUUAUUCGACACAAUUCGCCCAAAGGUGCCAUGGGUGUCAUACUGCCAUCUUAAAACAAUUUGUGGAAAUCUUCCGCAACGGUCAAAACCAACAUUGGCAUCCCGAGUGUUAUAUGAUCCAUAAGUUCUGGAAUGUCCGUCUAGCUCCGACCGGGCAGCCUCUAGAGCCACCCCAGUUGGAUCUGGACGCUACCGAUGAAGAACGCAACCGAGUGCGGGAGGAAGAAGAGGUGAUGGAAGAAAAGGUCUAUAGGAUUUGGAGCAUCUUGUCCAGUUUCGAGGAAUCUUCCGCCGCCUGCAUCUCGGACAUGCUUCUGCAUGUGAGCAAUGGUACAUAUAUUGAUGGGGUUAUCGUCGCCAAAAGGUUCAUCGGACACGUCGAUGUUCUUUUCUCCGCAAUUGAUGAGCUCGCAGGUGCCAUCAGAACCCAGGGCAUGAAGGAUCUCUCCUUUGGGAGAGAAGCGAAACUCUUGUGCAAGAAGAUUGUCGCGUUCUUUGCACUUCUGUCAAAAACCCAAGAGGCCGGUGUUCGCAAGCUCGGUGUGACCCAGGAGCUUUUAUCGUUGGUCACUGGGCUCGCUCACUACCUCAAGCUUCUUAUCCGCAUUGGCUUACAGGGAGCUCUGAAGUUGGAGAGAGAGAAAGGUACCGCUGAUGGUCUCCACAAUUUCUUGGAUCAUCUCGGCGAUCUUGAGGCCCUCAGGCCACCGGAGGAGGAAGAAGCUACAUCCGACUUGAUGGCCGGUGUGGAAGUUCUCGCAGACCAACUAUCAGACUGCUGCAUUGCAUGCAAGGAACCAAUUGACGAUGAGUGUGUGAUGCUAGGUGACAACAGAUGGCAUGUUAAGCCGCCUCACUUGACCUGUGUGGCAUGUCAGAAGGAUCUCACUGCUACUCUGCAGGAUGCCUUGUGGAGUCCCAAGGACCAAAGGUCUUUCUGUACCGACUGCGCCUCCAGCAAAGGGCUCACCCCAGAAACACAAGCUGGCUUCAUCCGUGUGACCAAACUCCAGCAAUUUGUCUUCUUACUACGGGUUGCCCUGGCGCGACUGCUUACGGUCUUGCGAGCUGGGGGAUCACUUACAUCUGCUUCUGGUGAUAUGAAUGCCAGACCACAGGAUGGCAAUGAUGACCAAAAGACAUCUCCAGGAGGCCCCAUCCGCCGGUCCGCAACCAGAGGGAAGGGAUAUCCCAGGCAAGGUUCUGAGGAAUCGUCCCUCGAGCAGACUAUGGGUGAGAUGCGCCGCCUACGAUCUAUUCGAAAUGAGCGAACCUUGUCCACCACCUACAAGAAGGCUCGAGCCUCGCGAAUUAUUGAUGGACCCGAGGGGCGUAGCGUCAGGCCAGGCUCACCUGGUGGUGAAGGUUCCGAUCCUCGUGGCCCCGGCUUCCAGAUUGUAGAAGAGAGAGAUGCGAAUGGGGAGACAGUUACCGAUCUCACUUUCGGAAACCAAGAUGCCCUGACUCUGGACGAUAUUCCGAGGAUUGUCGCGGCCGAGCAAGCGAAGGAACAGCGCCCCAACGCGUAUAGACAUGCUGGCACCAAGCUCGUGGGGACUACUGAGCCUCUCCCAAGAUAUAACCGUGGUCAUCAACGCGACGUGUCAGGCGCUGGCAUAGAAGGGCCUCUCGAACAACCCGGAAGAACAAAGAAGUACUUUUCGGAACUUUCCGCGUUGGAGUACUUCAUCGUUCGACAUGUCGCGGUCUUGUCAAUGGAGCCCCUGCUGGAAGGCCAUUUCACCUUGGAGGAACUCUUAUCCCUGAUCGAAUCGCGGAAGCCUACGAUUUGGAAUAUCUUUGGUCGUGCCUUCAACAAAGAGGGCAAGAAGGUUGGAAAGAAGAAGGGUGUGUUCGGCGUCAAUCUCGACGUUCUUGUCGAAAGAGAGGGCACCGAGUCUAGUCACGGCGUUGGGCCCGGUGCAUUACGCAUUCCUGCACUGAUUGACGAUGCUGUCUCCGCUAUGCGCCAAAUGGACAUGUCGGUGGAAGGAGUGUUCCGCAAAAAUGGAAACAUCAGGAGACUGAAGGAUCUCUCGGAGCUGAUCGACAACAAGUACGAACAGGUGGACUUGACCAAGGAGAACCCUGUUCAGAUUGCAGCUCUCCUGAAGAAGUUCCUCCGUGAAAUGCCCGACCCGCUGCUGACCUUUAAGCUCCAUCGCCUGUUCGUGGUUUCUCAAAAAAUUCCCGACCCAGAAAAGCAAAAGCGACUGCUUCACCUGACAUGUUGUUUGCUCCCGAAGGCACACAGAGAUACAAUGGAGGUUCUUUUUGCGUUCCUGAACUGGACCUCUUCUUUCUCUCAUGUGGAUGAAGAGUCGGGAAGUAAGAUGGACAUUCAUAAUCUUGCAACUGUCAUGACACCGAACAUUCUCUAUCCUAAUGCCAAGAAUGGUACGGUUGACGAGAGUUUCCUGGCAAUUGAAGCUGUCAAUGCUCUUAUCACAUACAAUGACACCAUGUGCGAGAUUCCAGAUGAUCUCCAAAUGGUUCUCAGCGACACGAGCCUGUUGAAAGAGAACUCCGAAGUUACCACCAAGGAGAUCCUCAAACGGUAUGGGGACAUUGCUCGCGGAAGCUUUUCUCAAAAACCCAGUAAUGGCGGCGAAACUGUUACGAUCACCAAUGCUACCAGGGGAGCCAAUGCUCCUACCUCUGCACGCAUCGAGACAGACCCUUCACAGGAUGGGGCCUGGCAAUCCCAAAGCUCAGUACGCCAAGUGCAAGCGUCCGGCAGCCACGGACCUCCGCCGGGUGGAAUGGAACUUGGGCCAGCACCAACGAAUGACUACCGUGAGCGUAGCACAAGCAGCGGUAGCCAACACAAUCCCAUGCAACCGGAGGGACAAUCGCAACAACUCCCUUAUAGGGCACGUCCUAACGCAGGGCCAAUGGGCGUUGCUUCAUGA